UCCGCCCAAGGGACGCCGGUGCCCGGCGCGGAGCGGGGCGCAUGGGGUGGCGUUUCGGGAGGCUUUCGGCUGCUCCUUGCUCCCCCGCCGGAUGCUGCCUGAGCUGUUUUGGCUGUUUUUCUUCGCUGGCGAUGAAGCCUCUGCCUUGAAGAUGGACAUGAUCUGUUUUUUAUUCCUGUCUCUGAUGCCGGUGUACAGCAGGGGACAAGGGGUGUACGCUCCUGCUCAGGCCCAGAUCAUCCAUGCUGGGCAAGCAUGCGUGGUGAAGGAAGACAACAUCAGUGAACGUGUUUACACAAUUCGGGAGGGGGACACGCUGGUCCUGCAGUGUCUGGUCACAGGACAUCCCCGGCCACAGGUGAGAUGGACCAAAACUGCUGGCAGCGCGUCGGACAAAUUCCAAGAGACGUCAGUGCUUAACGAGACCCUUCGGAUUGAGAAGAUCCAAAGGCUGCAGGGGGGCCGCUAUUACUGUAAAGCAGAAAAUGGGGUUGGGGUCCCUGCCAUCAAGUCCAUUCGAGUAGAUGUGCAGUAUCUAGAUGAACCUGUUCUCACCGUUCACCAGACCAUCAGCGAUGUACGUGGCAGCUUCUACCAGGAGAAGACCGUCUUCCUCCGCUGCACGGUCAACUCCAACCCACCAGCUCGCUUCAUCUGGAAGCGGGGAGCUGAGACGCUUUCUCACAGUCAGGACAAUGGCGUGGACAUCUAUGAACCCCUCUACACACAGGGUGAAACCAAAGUCCUGAAGCUGAAAAACCUACGACCUCAGGAUUAUGCCAGCUACACAUGCCAGGUGUCUGUCCGCAAUGUCUGCAGCAUCCCUGACAAAUCCAUCACCUUCCAGCUCACAAACACCACAGCCCCACCUGCUCUGAAGCUGUCUGUCAAUGAGACCCUGGUGGUCAACCCUGGUGACAACAUCACUAUGCAGUGCUCUCUGAUGGGUGGUGACCCACAGCCAGAAGUUGUUUGGUCUCACUCUCCUGGCCCAAUACCUCCCAAUAGCCUUGUGCAAGGAGGCAACCUCACGAUCUGGAGGAUCCGCGUGGAGGACUCGGGCUACUACAAUUGCACGGCCAUCAACAAUGUGGGGAACCCAGCAAAGAAGAUAGUGAACCUGCUGGUGCGGUCCAUGAAGAAUGCCACAUUCCAAAUCACUCCUGAUGUGAUCAAAGAGAGCGAGACUAUCCAGUUAGGACAGGACUUGAAGCUCUCAUGCCAUGUAGAUGCUGUUCCCCAGGAGAAGGUUGUCUAUUCCUGGUACAAGAACGGGAAACCAGCCAGGUUCUCAGACCGGUUGCUCAUCACCCGGAAUGACCCCGAGCUCCCACCUGUGACCUGCAGCUUGGAGAUUAUUGACCUGCGAUUCAGUGACUAUGGUACUUACAUGUGUGUGGCUACCUUCCAGGGAGCACCCAUUCCUGACCUCAGUGUGGAGGUGAACAUCUCCUCAGAGACAGUGCCACCAACGAUCAGUGUCCCUAAGGGUCAGUCCACCAUCACUGUCCGGGAAGGCUCCAGGGCAGAGCUGCAGUGCGAGGUUCGUGGGAAGCCCAAGCCACCCAUCAUCUGGUCCCGGGUAGAUAAGGAAACCCCGAUGCCUUCAGGGACAAUGACGAUGGAGACAUACGAUGGGAAGCUGCAUCUGGAGAGUGUGAGCCGAGAAAUGAGUGGGACCUAUAAGUGUCAGACAGCCAGGUACAAUGGCUUUAACAUCAGACCCCGGGAAGCCCUGGUGCAGCUCAACGUGCAGUUCCCCCCCGUGGUGGAGCCGGCCUUCCAGGAUGUACGCCAGGGCAUGGGGCACAGUGUCACCCUGCGCUGCACCAUGCUGAAGGGCAGCCCCAUGAAGGUGGCCACUUCUGUCUGGCGUUUCAACGGGACCCUCCUGGCGCAGCCCCUGGCAGAGCAGCAGGACUACUCAGAGCUGAAGGUGGACAGUGUCAGCCGGGAGACCAGUGGGAGCUACGAGUGCAGUAUUUCCAAUGACGUGGGAGUCUCCACCUGCCUCUUCCAGGUGUCUGCCAAAGCUUAUAGCCCAGAGUUUUACUAUGACACUCCCAAUCCUACCUUGAGCCAGAAGCAGUCCAAGAAUUACUCUUACAUCUUGCAGUGGACACAGAAGGAGCCAGAUGCUGUGGAUCCCAUCCUCAAGUACCGUCUGGAACUCCGGCAGCUGUCUCAGAGAAGCACCAUCCAAACCUUCAUUCCUGUGAAGAAAAUGGAGAAAGGCCUGUUGCUGGAGCACAUCUUGCCCAACCUGAAAGUGCCUCAGAGCUAUGAAGUUCGCCUGACGCCCAUCACCAGUUUUGGGGCUGGAGAUAUGGCUGCCCGCAUCAUCCGGUACAUGGAACCAAUCAACUAUCCCAACCCAACAGACAACACCUGCCGCUUUGAGGACGAGAAGAUCUGCGGCUUCAUGCAGGACAAGAUGGACAACUUUGACUGGACCCGGCAGAAUGCCCUCACCCAGAACCCCAAGCGCACCGUCAACACAGGCCCCCCCACGGACAUCAGCGGUACUCCGGAGGGUUACUACAUGUUCAUCGAGGCAUCCCGGCCCCGGGUGACAGGAGACAAAGCCCGGCUCAUCAGCCCCCUCUACAACAUUACUGCCAAGUACUACUGUGUCUCCUUCUACUACCACAUGUAUGGGAAGCACAUCGGCUCCUUGAACCUCCUAGUCCGUGUGCGGAACAAGCGAGCCAUCGACACCCAGGUCUGGUCACUCAGUGGGAACCGGGGGAACAUGUGGCAGCAAGCACAUGUGCCCAUCAACCCGCCCGGGCCCUUCCAGUUAAUCUUUGAAGGUGUCCGGGGCACGAGCUACGAGGGGGACAUUGCCAUCGAUGACGUCACUCUGAAAAAGGGAGACUGUCCGAGGAAGCCAAUUGGACCGAAUAAAGCGGUUGCUCUUCCAGGAAGCGGUGUCCCAGCCCUGCACAGCCCUUGUGUUUGCGGCCCAUUGACUUUCUUCCUUUACGUGCUGCUCAGAUGAUGGCAAGCGAGCGCUCCUGUCUUCGGACCAAGACAUUCCUGCUCCUUUCCUGAUCAGCCACCUCUGCUCCUUUUUCCUACCCUCCUCACUGGCACACCAAAGUGUCCAUAUGUUACCAAAGACUGACAGGCAUGACCACGCAAAAGGAUCUGGUUCAGAACUGGAGCACUCCUUGAGAAAGUCAUAAUGUCUAGAACGAAGUUUAAAAAUAAAGACAAAACUUUUUUUAAAAGCACGUGCACGAGAGAGUGAGAGAGAGAGAGGAAGGAAGGAAAGAAACAGAAAGACACAGAAAAGAAGGAAUGAAAGACAAAAAAAUAGGAAUGAAGAAAUGUGAAGAGCAAAUGAAGGAGGAAAAAAAACACCCCCAUGUUUCCUUGGGAAUGUCGGACAGGGCUUCCUCAGGGAAGUGGGAACUUGUUUUAAACAAACAAACAAAAAUAUAUUAAAGCACAAAUUUCUACCAGAACAGUUACCUUCUUUACUGCAGAGCCCACAGCUUAGUGGAUGAUAUACUGCAGUACUCCCCUUGUCUCCUCAUGCUUUCCCGCUGGCUGGGGCUGCCCCACUCCAGCUGCAGCUCCCUGCAGUAAUGCCGGCCUCGACCGUGGGGCAGCAGCCACCCCAAGUGCCAGUGGCCAGAGCACCUUGCCUCACACCGCAUGUGCUUCAGUGUCUCCAUCCAUCCACAUCUUCCAGGCUCUCAUGUAUUUAAUGGCCCCCAGUGUGGUUUGCUUUGGCCUUUCCCCACUUCUCUGUGCUUCUCACCCGCCAGCCUGAAGAAGAUGGAGCAGGAAGGGACCAAUGACAUGGAGCACACUGAGUGGUGAAGUCCUGGCUGGAUCCAGCUGCAGCACUGGCCUCUAAGAGCCUCUCUCUGUCUCUCAGCACUCUUGCUGGAUAGGGAAACUAUGAGAGCAGGCCUGAGCUGCAGACAGAAAGGUGUCUCUAUGGGUCUGAGGGAUGAGGUGUGAUGGGAUGGGACUGGAAGGGUGGAGCAGUUGUGCUUUGGCUUUCCCCUGUGCAUAUUGUGAUGACGGCUGCCUCAGCCCUAAAUCCAGGAUUGCUUCUCUGCCUCUACUUCAUUACCUAUUUAUUUUGGUUGUUAUUCCAUUGCUUAACUUCCUCCACCUCAAGCUUUCUGUAUUAUGGGAAAGAUGAGGCAUUUAAAUGUUUGUCAGACAGACAUCAGGUCUGUGCCCAUGACCCAGCCCCUGGACUGGCAGUUCAGGCAGCUCCAACAGAGGCCUUUCUGCAUGCAUGGUGCAUUAGCUUCAGCAUGGGUGAAGGGGGGCAACAGCAUUGCUGCUCAGGGCUGAAUUUUGUCAGCACUUGUAGGCACACAGGCACUCACACAACUUCCACUGCCAAAGCUCUGGGCAGAGGAGCUGAAAGGUGAAACAGGCAGGAACGUGCCUCAAGAAGGAUGAAAGAUGGAGGCAGGAAGUUGGCCCAAAAGAGGGAUUUGUGCUGAACUGUGGCCCUGUUUGCCACUGAGGAACAAGUGGAUGGGAAAUUCACCUUUUUCCUGCUGGCACCAUGAAAGGGUAAAGCUGAUGUUUCUCCCUGCUUGCAGACCUGUAGCGGGUCUGGCCUAACCUCCUCAGGGUGGAGGCAUGUGCUACUCCAGAUUGAACCCCCAGGAGAAGGGUCUGCCCUGCACUGGCCAGAAAGGAGCUGUGAUAGCUUUGUUGCAUCUGGAAGCAGCCCUGGACAUGACUAAUCUCCCUGCACAGGGCAGAGUUAGCCCCACAGGAUUGUGAAUUGUGGUUUACUAGUCCAUGCUCUGGCAAUCCAUUUAAGUGGUACUCUUCCUCCUAAGGAACAACCCAUCCAAAAUCCCUAUCUAAGGCACCAGAGAUGUAUGAUAAGAUAGCUCUCUCACUGAAGCCCUCAGUAUCCAUGGCUUCUUACCCAUUUCUGAUGAAUAUAUCAGCUUCUCUGAGACAGUCGUGUUUGUCUGAAAUCACUUGAAUGUAUUAGCUGCCUCCUACAUUGCUCAGCUUCCAGCCACAGCUGGUGCCUCAUUUCCUUCACUGAUGGAGGGGAAAGCUCUUACCUAACUCCCAGGAGAUACAGUUUGAAGUCUUGAAAUCCAUCACUCCCUAGAUCCUGGAAAGGUAUUCAUCUGCACUAAUGCACUAAUGCUGCCCAGCCACCAGAGAGAGAAAGAAUAUCAGCUGUGAGGGGCAAGGGAACCUCCUUCACAGGAGGCUUUGCAGGACAGUGAGAGGGGAUGAUACAAGUCUCCCUUGCUAGUUUUGCUUUUCUCCAUUUCCAAGAACUAGGACUGUGUCUUUUCUGUCUCCACUUCUCCCCUCAAAGCCCAGACCUCAGUCACAGUGCAUAUUUGACUGGCAUACCCGAGACUGUUGCCCAGGGCCAGGAAGCGUCAUGGAUGCAGUGGGUGCUGACAGCGAUUCUGCUUCUUGCUGUCUGUUGCCAUUUUCAUUGGCAGCCAGUGCCACUAUCAUCUUUUAGCUGAGUUCUUUCAGUCUCACACUCUUCCUUUCUUCCAUGGUUGUUGGAGGUCAGAAGUCAUCACCCCGUUCCUGAUAACAGUCCACUUUUACUCCUAGGAGAGAGAUGGUAUGUUCCAGGGGCCCUUGGGAACUUCAUGAUGGCUCCUGGUCUGUCAGCAGCAAAAUAGUUGUGUUGCAUUGCUGGUUCCAGGAGGCUUCUGCUGGCCAGAAGGUGGAGACAGAAACAUUUCCCCAGCAGUAAGAGAUAGCCCAGGGCAACCAUCUCACUUUCUAAGCUCUUUCUAAGGCAGAGACCCCUAUGGCCUUGCUUCUACAGACUGCUUAGCCCAGGCUGCACAAGCACGUUUUGUUGAUGUUAAGCGUUACCUGUGAGGUGUCAGCAAAGGGGUACCAGAUUUUUAGAAAGGGACACCUGCAGGGAAGGUGUCCAUGCCCUGCUGCCAGCUCCUGCGAGGAAGAAUGUAAGUGCCUCACCAAGCAAACCCAUGGCACAGGGGGCAAGAAGCCCAUUGGUGGCUGUAGGUCCAGGGAAGAGCAAGAAGAUUGCCCCAGCCAGAGGUGAAGCCUUUUGGUGUCAGGUGUGGACCCAUCAGCCUCAGAAAAAUCUCAGGGAGCCCCUUCCUGCUUAGACCUAUGUUCCUUUAUCUCUGGCUAGAAAUCAGCUGGUGGUAAGUUUGGGGGAAAGUCAUUAACUCAAGUGCCUCAGCUUGUCAGAAGUACCAAGGUGAAAAAGAAGGACUUCAUUUCCUUGGCAGAUGUGCUGAGAGACGGUAGCAGAGAAAAAAGGUACUUCAGCAACAAGGAUGGGAAGCUGUGCAGUGAUGGGGUGGAGGGGACGCUGUGUCCCUCCUCUUUGAGGACAGUGCUGUUUGUGUUUUACAACUCCAUGCUUGAGGGGCAAAUCUCCUUGGGGUGGUAUUGCAUCCCAGGUGAGAUACAAAGCCAUGUUCUUUACCCCUUCCAAUUAAAGAUCCCUUCACACUUUUCACAGUGUUCUGGCUAAAUUACAGUCCUUAAAAUUAAUUACAGACUGUCUGCUUAAAUAUCUAUUGCAGUCCUAAUGUUAUGUUUCUUUUGCUGAUGUUUUAUGUUGCUCUGUGCCUAUUGAGUAGCUGCUUUAUUCCACUGCAGAACUGACUGCAUUUCAGCAAUGGUGGAUAUUAUUCGUGUAUAUAGCAUGAAAGUCCCUGCAGAAGAAAAGUGCAAUAUAAAUUUAAGAGACUGCUUUUAUUUACAAAGAGACCUCUGCUCGGUAGUUGUAGAAAUACAUUAGGAAGAACGCUGUGUGGGUGUUAGCCGAUAUAUACUCAAUUUCUUUUUUUUUAUUUUUUCAGGGUAUAAAACAGAAAAUAUGUGCGUGUGCAGGCUCCUGGGUAUAAGUUGUAGAUAUUAGAAGCAGUGAAUGCUACUGUGUAGUUACAAGUGGGGCUUACAAAGAAACUUUCAUCUGAAAACUCUUUUUGUAGAUGUUCACUGUAUUCUGAAAAAUACACUUUUUUAAUUAUAAUUUUCUACAGUUCAGUGCAAGUCCCAAUAACAGGUCAUCAACAGGACUUUAAUCCAUGACUUUUAACAAUAUGAACAUCAAUUCCUACUGCUUGCUCUGGAAUGCAGCUCCUGGCUGAUAAUAGUAAUAGACUAUUUUUCUUCUACGUAGAUCAGCCAUUGGAAAGCAAUGGAACUAAUAUGUUUCAUUUGAUCUGGAGUUAAGUAAUUUUGAACGCCUGAGUGCAACUCCUCCCAGCUGUACGGGAGCGAAAAAACCGUUUCAUCUAUAUGAAAAACUUUGCAUAGUGCACAAAUGGCUUGGGAACUCCUGAAGUGUUGUGGUUGUCAUGCAUGCAGAGCUGCUCCAGCAGAGCUGCACAGCUUGCUGCCUGAAAAGCAGCUGUAGCAACAGCGAUACGGAGCCCUUCUUCUGGGAACUAGUUUCCUUCUGGUGAGAAAUGCAGUGGCAACUGGGGAAAAAGUAGGGCAGGCUUCAGAUGUUUAGGCUGGUAAAUUUCUUGCAAAAAUAAUUUAGAGAUGUAUAAAUGAGCAUAGUGAACAUGAUACAAAUUGUAUUUGGUUCCCUGUUGCUAUUCAAAAUACGGAAAUUUCAUUUCUUUCUAUACAAAAUCCUGUGGGUGCACUACUCCAGAAUGACAAAAAAAUGCUUUGCUACCAAAGGGAGAGCAGGAUUCUUCAUCCUCAGCCCUUCCCUAUCAUUCUGUGCCAAGAAACGCACUCUGCUUUUGGGUUGGUGUCCUGUGCUUCUCAGCCUGGGAGUGACAGUCACUGGGAUCAGGAAGUGGUGCUGAUGGCAGAAGCAUCCCUCCAUCGCUGCCCUGGCCUUGUCUCCAAGCCUGAGGCAGGGAGUUUUACUCCUGCCUGUCCAGCCUGAGGCAGGAAAUUGCCAGGGGGUCCUUCAUGCUGCCCUAAGGGACCUCACCUGCCCCAGACAGGGACAGACAAAAGAACCAGGGCAUUUUCUCUGCUAGAUGGAGUAAAUGGUGUCACCUCACCCCACUCAAAGAGACAAACUUUUUCCUUGAAGCAGAGAGCUCAGGGAGUUGCUGAUUCGGGGUGUUGCUGUUUUAGUCCCCUUCUUCUGUCAGCACCAUUCAGAUAUCCAUCUUUCUCCAGAAAUGCUGCAGCACCCUUUGCCUCCUGCCUUUGGGUGACCUAGCAACAGCAUGGAGGGACAUAGAAUCAUAGAAUCAUAGAACUAACUGGGUUGGAACAGACCUCUGAGAUCAUCAAGUCCAACCCUUGAUCCAACCCCACUGUGAUUAAGCCCAUAUCACCAUGGGCUCUGGGCUUCAAGAUGGGUGCACACAGCCCCAAGAAAUGCCCAGGUCUUGCACCCAGGGAGAAGGACCUAGCUUUUUUGUGACGGUAAGAAGUGGCAUUGUAUCUCCUAUGCAAAGGAGAGGCCUUCUUGCACUCCUGGCUUUGGCAGAGACCAGUUUUGGUUACCUAAACUGACCUGACAUCUGGUCUUUUCUAGGCUGCCCUCCGUGCAUGUGCACCCCUGUUUGUAGAGGCAAGAGUGCAGCAGCAGGACCCUGUGCAGGCUGUUGCCAGCAUUUGUGUUUGCUUUGGCCCCACUGGUAACAGCUUGUCCUCCUCAGCCUGGGAAGGCAUUUAAUGGAGACAAAAAGCUUUUGCAGAAGAACAAGUGCUGAAGAGUUCUGGAAAUUGCAUUUUAACAGGAUCCCAUUUACACUCCAUGGUAAUAACUGGCAGCUGUUGGUUUCCAGCAGUGAGCUGAAUAGCCUAAACUCACUUGGUAUCCCAACUGAUAGCUGUCAUAUAUAUGUGGUUUUCAGUACUCCCAUUUGUGAGUAAGACAUGUCAGUUUGGCUGACCAUCUGCCUCCACCUAGCCUACCACAGGGGAUUCUGGGGUCUUCUGAUGGCUACUUCCAGUCUGGUAUGGUCACAUCAAACCAGAGACAACCACUUGUACCCUGGAGGCUUUAAAUGUCCCAAGGAGCACUGCAGGACAGACGAGGGCCACCUUCACCCAACCUGCCUUUCUAGAGAGGGAGGGGAUGCAGCUUGCAGAGAGUCGUAGUCUCCAGGACACCUCUUGCCCAUGGAAGAGCAAUGCCAUCCCACUCCAUUUUGUCUGACCUGUACUAUUAAAAUGCUCCAGUCUGCCUCCAGAGCCUCAGCGCAUCUGUGCAUGAGGAAGCCGAGCAAUCCACUGUCCUUGCACUGGUGACCCCUUGGGAAAGCUGGAAAGGGAGGUAGGGCUAAGGUCCCAGGACACAGGCACUUCAUUUCUCUCUGCUGCCUUUCAUCGUGAGGGUUUUCCAGCAUGGGGCAGAGAAUAAGGGAAAGGGAGAAGGAGAAAUGCUGUCUUUACUCACAUCUGUUGCGAAGGUAGAGCUGGGGGAUUAGAGGGUUUUGUGGAGAGCUUUGCAGGUCUAUGGCAAAUCCAUGUUUUUCUUGGAUUUGAUAUGGCUUAUAAGAUCAUUUGUUCCUGUGGAAUGAGGCAAAAUUUUGUGCUUCCAUUAAUUGUUGUUCUAAAGGGAAAUUUGUCUAUGAAUGUUUGACUUAGAGUAGGGUUUUUUACCCCCAGGAUGGCCUAAAGUUGGUAUAAGACAGGGCCAGCUGGACAGCCCUCACAGUGUGGCAGUGUCCCCAGGCAGUGCCAGUGCCCAAAGCUCAUAGCGAUGGAGGUGCUGUAAUGGCUGGGUCCUUGCCUAAACACUGAGCCAAGUGAAGGGUACUCAUCUGUUCUACCACCCAUGUGCAUCUGUCCUGUCUGCCAGCCAAGUCUGUAGGAAGACAAAAGCCCCACUGCUGCUGCCAGCCAACAGAGGCCCACUUUGGCUGAGGAAGCUGCCAUUUAGGCAGCAAAGUGGCUGUUAGUUGUGGAAAACCCAGCUGUUACAAUGCAUACUCCUAGAUGUUCAAAACUUGCAUAACUACAGUAUGCCUAAGAUCAUCAGCAAAGGCAGGCCCUGCGUAGGAGCUGGAACAUGCCAGAUGUUAGCAGUCCUGCUCAGUCACUUUGAGUGAGCUGUGACUCCUUUGCUGUCAGUGUUACAGCUGCUCAGUGAUGAGCCCAAACUACCUAAGAGCAACUGCAGCCCCACUUUCCCAUCUGCAUCGCAGCCUCUGUGGGCAGGCACCAACUGGUUUCCUUUUAGUGACUCUGAUAUAUAACGUGGUGCUGGGAUGAAGCUGUCUCCACAUGUUGGUCCAGCACUGGUAAGAUGUUUAUCUUAGCAGCUUGUAGAGGGAUCAAAGCUAAAAACUGAGGUGUGGAUCUGUUGCAGCUGCCAGCAAUGCAGCAGAGAGAAGACAGGACUUGAAAACCCUUUUUGGAGGUGGCAGCACCUCCAUCGAGUCCCCAUCUUUCUCUACUCCAAAAGUCCAUGCUCCAACUCUGAGCACCUUUGAAGAUGGAACAUUUGGUAUAUCUUAUCUCAAUGGGCCUUGUUGUCGAGAACUAGCUGUGGGUAUCAGCAUAGAGAGGAACAGCCAAGAGAGGCUGUAGCAGCAUGGUCAGCUCAGACAGCACUUCAACUGUAGUGAGCGAGAAUAUCGAUUUCAUUCUGUCUUUGAAAUGCUAACAACCACAGGUGGGGGCAGUAUUUAGGUCUUUUGUACAGGUGGCAGCAUGUACCACACAGAGAUUGAGCAAGAGACUUGUGAGCUCUAGACAUUUCCCUGGGAAAAUUAAGAUGCUGAUGAGGGAAGGUAUUUCCAGACCUGGAGCAAAGAAACUUUCCUGUGCAUUUAUUUGGUUGUUUCCUGGAGACCCUGCUAUGUAGCAUCUUGGGACAAGAUGACUCUAUCAAGAGUUUGCUGGAGGUGACUUUUUCCUCUCGUCAAACUUUGAUGUUUGUCCUUCUCUGCUGCCCAUCCCCAGCUUCUCAGUGCAUUUAUGUAACUGUUAGUGUUUAAGUGGCUUAGUGUCAGUGCUUUCAAAUAGAUGAGUCUGGCCUGUUCUCCCAGUUUUUGGGAUCUUCUAGAUGUACCAUCUCAUCCCAGGGGGCUCUACACCAGUCAUUCAUCUCAAGACACUCCAAAAGCUGUGGAUGCUACAGAUAUGUGGCUCUUCUCUGUGAUUUUGGUCACAGCCCCUGCCUGACAGCAUGAGUAAAAUCUCUAAUCUCCACACGGAAUGGAAAAUUUGGUGCCAGCAUGGUUUUGCUUGGGUCUUUUUUCCCAACCAGAACCAUUCUGUCUGUAUUGCAAUAUACAUAGCAGAGGAGAGGGACCAUCAUCCAAGAUACAACUGUCUCAUGAGGACACAACUCUGGCACCUCCUGCCUUUGGCCAGAAGUGAGCAUCAGACAGUGAUUUCCACACUCCUCCUCACUCCAUCCCCCUGCUCCAUACUUAUCCUCACCAACUGUUUCAUUUCCAGCCUAGAGAGACAGCAGCAGACUUCAUCCCUGGAUCCCAUAGAAGGGGAUCACACCAAAUCCCGUCCUCAACUUCUGAGGUGUAGGGAGAACCAGCUCAGGCCCAAUAGUGAGCCACUUCAGUGGGAUCCAGUUCCAAUGGGACUACGUCACCCUGACACUUCCAGGUCACUAAGGCCAGUAGAGAGUAUAUAUUGACCUGACAGAAGUGUUUAGAAACACACUCCCCAAAAGAAGCAACAUAAAAGGUCUGUUUUGGGGGGAUACAAUGGAGGAUGGGGAGAGGUCCUCUGGUGUCUCUUGGUUUUUUUACCAUCAAUAUACUAGGUGGAGAUCUUGGGACAGAGCCUCAUUCUCCACCGACCUCCCUCAUCACCACCACGUCUUGUGCCAUCCCCGCUCCGCAUCUCAUAGAAUGCCAUCACCACCACUGAGUGGAGCUGGGACCCUCUCACCACCACGAUACUGAGCUGUCCACAACGUUAAAAGCACAAAACACAAAGGGACUGAACUGAACCUUUUAAACAGGGUGAGAUGUUUUAUAAGCAUUGCCUCAUCCAUCCCCCUGCCCACAACCCCAAUGCACCCACUGUGUAACCUAUAGACUCUCAACGUGGAUUAUUUCAUUCAAAUAAAGCUGCAGUACUCGA